GCGAGCACGUGCCGCGCACCGCGCCGGUCAUCGUCCGCGACGACCCACGGACCACCCAACGACCACCCGUGUCUGCCCGGCGACACUCUAGGGAGCAGCCACCGGCCGACAGGCGGCACGGUGCGCGUGACCCGAGACAACCCGGCUGGCGGCGGCGGCAGCUGACGACGAGAGAGCGGCAGCGGGCAGGAUAGUCGAGCGACGCCGGUUCCCCAGAGGAAGAUGACCAGCUUCGGCAUGGUGGCCGGGACGCUGAUGAUUCUCAGUGCUCUGCUCAGCAUUCGGGCGCAGCAAGACUGCUACCGUUCGCUGGCGACUGGCAAGCGGCUGGGCGUGCAGUUCAUCUCCCGCCGCUUCAGCGAGACGUCACUGGCGGACUGCGCCGACAAGUGUCUCCGCUCCGAAACACUCUGCCAGGCCUUCAGCUACAGACCGGCAGACACGGCCGUGAACGGUGUUGCGGUGGACCUGAACUGCGAGCUGACCACCACGUCCGUGGCGGCGCCGGACCGCCUACUCACCGACGGCCCCGGAUAUCAGACGUUCCGCGUGGAGGACCGCCCCGGCUGCCGGAGCGUCCUGCCAGGCAGCUCCGGUACAUCGCCUAUGGAGAGCAGGGACUGUUUCCGGCGCGUCAUCACGGGUCGCCAGCUGCCGGCCGAGGCUGUCCGGUACUCACUACGCUCCAGCUCGCUCAGCCGCUGCCAGCAGAGCUGCCUCGACGCCGACUUCUUCUGCACGGCCUUCUCCUAUAAGACCGAGUACAACACCAACGAGAUCAACUGCGAGCUCUCGGGCGAGGCGAGCUGGGAGCCGACGCUGGAGUCGGCGCCGCUGGUGGACACCUACGAACGGGAGCGCACCUCCGCGUGCGGCUACUACGGCGGCGGCGGGCCCGACACCGGCACUGGCAGCGGUGGCCGUGACGGCUGUUACCGGCUGACCGACAGAGGUCGCGCCAUCGACAUGCAGGACGUGACCCGACGAGUGGUGGCGGCCAGCCUGCGGCAGUGCGAGGACGCCUGUACCCAGGCGCCGUUCGGCUGCCAGGCCUUCAGUUACAGGCGGCCCGACUACGUCGGAGACCGGAAUUGCCAGCUGUCGGGGCGCCCCGGCCGCCUGCACACUGUAGCGCGGCCUGAGUUCAGCACGUACCGGCGCGGCUACGGCCGGGACUGCGACGGCACCGGGGUGGGCGGCGCAGGAACUGGCGGCGCCGGCUCCGGGUCGACUGUUCGGUGUUUCCGGCUGAACGCGCCGGACGCGCGCCUGCGGUCCAGACAGAUCAUCCGCAACGUCAUGACCACCACCGUGCAGAACUGCGCCGAGGAGUGUAAAAUCACCAGCGACUGCCGCUCGUUCAGCUUCAGGCGGGAUACGGCCGGCACUCAGCUCAACUGCGAGAUGGCUCGCGUGGGCGUGCGCGGCGUGAGCGACCCCAGCGUCGAGGCCGACAGCCGGUACGAUACCUACAGUCGCGAGUACGGCGCCGCCUGUCAGGCAACCGGCGGCGGCAGCGGCGGCGGCGGUGGACAGCACGACGCCUGCUACCGUCUGGUCAGCAGCGAGCAGCGGCUCCAGCAGUCUCGCAUUGACGCCGUGUUCAGCGCUGCAACGCGCUACGAGUGUGAGCGGAUCUGCUACAUGUCCUACAUGGGCUGUCGGUCCUUCAGCUACACGAGACGCCAGGUGCGCAGCAACUGCGCCCUCUCGCGAGAGGACGCUUACCGCACCCGUCUGGAACCGGACCGAGAGGCGGACACAUACCAGCGCGACUUCAGUCGCGCCUGCCAGUUCGGCACCGGCGAGGAGCACAAUGGCGACGAGUGUUUCCGGCACAUCUCGCGCGACAUGCGCGUGCCCAACACGCGCACUGACAACGCGAUGCGGGCCACCAGCCUGGUCGCCUGUCAGCAGGAGUGCAAGCGGGCCGGCUGCAACACGCUCAGUUACAAGCUGACUACAUUCGCGGCCGAGAUGAACUGUCGGCUGAGCCGCGACCUGCUGACGUCACGUGACCUCAUCUCGGACGCCGAGCAUGACACCUAUAAUCGGCAGGACAACCCGCGCUGCGAUGACAGCGGUGGUCCCGGCCCUGGGCCCGGCCCUGGGCCCGGCCCGGGCCCCGGCGGUCCUGGCAGCCUCGGCGGCUGCUACCGGCUGGUGGGGCCGAACCUGCGCCACCGGGACCGACACGUGCGCGGUGCCGUCAUGGUGACCACCCGGCGCCAGUGUGAAGACGAGUGCUCGCGGCUGCGUGGCUGCACCACCUUCAGCUACAGGAACGGCUACAGCCGCACCGAAAACUGCCUGUUGAGCCGUGACAACGCACAGCAGAUCACCAUGCUGCUGGAGCUGAUGGUGCAGCGCCAACCCGGCUGGGGCGUGUUCCAGUUGGAUCCGAGCUCUAGCCAGUGUCUGCCCGCCGGCACGGGGGGUCCCGGCGGCGGCCGUCCCGGCGCGGUCACAGGGUGUUACCGCCUGCAGCGCAGGGACCAGCGGCUGGAGAACCACAUCCUGCAGGUGAUCCGGUCCCGCGAGCUUCGCGACUGCGAGGAAUCCUGCAACCGCGACCGCAGAUGCGUCUCCUUCAACUUCAGGAGCGACCCCGUGGAGACGGUGUGCGAGCUGACUGACAUGGACAGCUACGCCAACUACGCCCAAUUCCGGCCGAUCGCCGGCUGGGACUUCUACGAGAAGGACGCCUCGUCGUACUGCUCUGGCUGGGACAACGGCUUCUACGACUCCCAGAACUUUGGCUACGCUUACUGCUCGCUGCGCGUGCGAGACAACACGCUGCUGAACGUGAACGCGGUGCGGCGUGACAUCACUGCGCGCAGUCUGGCCGAGUGUGAGCAGGCCUGCCGCGACGAGCGCAACUUCCGCUGCGAGACCUUCUCAUUCGGGGUGCUACCGGGCGGGCGCGCCUUCUCCUGUCACCUGACGGACCUGCGCAUCGGCGAGCUCUCGCCGCGCGACAUGGAGCCACGCGCCAGCUUCGAGAUCUACGACUUCCACGGCAACGGACGCGAGUGCGACCGGCCCAACGACCAGUUCGACUACAGGCACGGCCACCUGGAGACGUGUUCGGGCCGGGCGUGUGCGCGCGGUCCGUGCCGGAUUGACCGCUCCGGCGGCUACUGGUACUGCUUCACCGACAACAACGAGGCCGUCUGGGACUACUGCUGCGACCCGGACAGUCCCUGCCAGGUCGAUCCCCACAUGGCCAUGGAGACGUGCCACGUGACCCAGCGGCGCGGGCUGUACCGCAAUGCCGGCCUGGACACAGCCUGGCGGCCUUGCACUUACCGACAGAGGUACGCCUACCUCACGCGCAACUCCACCGAUCACAUUGUGGAUGACGUCAACACGACCGCCACCGACGUCGGCUCGGUAGCCGGCACCGCUGCAAUCAACAACCAGCUGCUGGAGACCAUUGACCUGGAGCGCGAGCAGAGCAAGGACAAACACUAACCGAGCCCGCGACGGCCGGCCCGACGGUAGCGGCAUUAUAUGUAUAGUACACAGACUGAGGACGGCGCAGACCUCGGUCGGCUACGGCAGAACCCGUGCUGCCAUCUAGCGAACGCCGCGGGAAGCUGUGGUGGCUAGCCCGUCCCCUGCGUGGAUUGUUACGGUUACCGCGAGUCUGCGAAACGCCAAAGAGACGCGCGUCAUAGCCAUGUGUAUGCUUCUUCUGGUGGCGGCGAUCAGCACCCAUUCUUGCGUAUUGGUGUCUAUCUCACUGAAGGUUUUGCACUCAGAGAUUUGUCGGCGCGAGGUGUCUGUCGUGACGGCCACGCAUGCGACGCAAGCUGGGAGGCAACGGCGUGCCGUGGCUUGGACGGCGCGCCCCUCCCGUGUAUCCCGUCGCAAGGCCCGAGGCCGCGCGCCAGCCUCCACGCUGGCGUGUGAAUGCCUAAUGGUUGCGACACAGAGUAGCGUUGACGUGGUGAGAUGUACGCGAACUGCUUCACAGCAGGGAUCGACAGUCGGCAGAAA